AUGGCUGCUCGAAGACGAAGAAAUGAAGAGGAUCUUUCCGAAGGGGAAGAUGACGUCCCAAAAGUUCGUCAGGCGGCUACUGAUGAUGAGGAAGAAGAAGAAAAGCCAGGGCUUGUCUCUGCUACUGAGAGUGAAGACGAAGAGGACUACAAAAGUGCGCCAGAAGCUUCUGAAGAGAUAAAAGAAGCCGAAGCGCAGAAAGAUGAUGUAAAGGUUGAAUCAAAAGACGAUGAAAAGGUAGAGACCAAAGAGGUCGAAAAGACUGAAGCGGAGAAGCCAGAGGAAGCUCCUCCAGUAACCGAACAGUCUCCUCCGGCCAAGGUGGAAGAAAAGAAUGAAGAAACCUCUGAAGCAAAAGAAGAGGUUCCACAGGUCGAAGAGAAGGGAGAGGAAGCUAAGGUCGAGGACGAACGCGACCAAGAUGACAUCGACGGCGUUGCUUCUCGACUUCAGGACGUUAAUAUGGAAGAUGAUCAGCCACCCCAAACGCAUGCUGAAGAUGAAAACAUGUCGGCGGGGUCCAAUAAAGAGGACGAAGGUGAUGAAGCCAAGGAGGAACGAUCGAAUGAAGACGAGGACGAAAAACACCCGGCGUUUAUUCCUAGAAAGGGAUUGUUUUUCCUCCACGACGAUCGAAUCGACCAAGAAUACGAAAACGCUCCUUCCGGGCCAAAGAUGGACAUCGAAAUGGAAAAGGAAGCUACUCCCGAAGUUGAGUCCGAGCCGGAAGAAGCCGAGGACAAAGAAAGCUGGGCGGAGAAGGCCGAGGAAGAUCCGCUCAAAGCGCAGGAGCGAGAACGCGAAGAGCGCGCGAGGAAGAAGGCCGAGCGCCGAGCAAAUUUGGACGAUAAGUGGUCGCACGACAAGUUUGAAGAGGAUCUCCAGCAGCCGCGCACUCUCGAUGAACUUGUGGAGCGCUACGGCUUUGACAUCCGAUCGCUUCCGGCCGACGCUGACUUAUCCAAGCAUCUUCAAGAUAGCGAUGAAAAUGCUCCCGGCAAGCGUAACCGACCUCAGCGUCGAAAUCCAAGUGGUCCAAAACGCGGUGGCGGUCGCAACCAAAACUCUCGAAAUCAACAACGAGAACCUCGAAAUAACAAGGGUCGAGAUCCACCACAACUCAAGAACAACGAGGACUUCCCGGAUCUGAAAGGUGCCAAUUCCCAGAAACCAAGAGAGCAGAAGCCCAAACGCGAGGGCAAGGGCCGAGAGCAAAAGCCUCGAAAUAACCGGGACACUCGCGAAAAUCGGGAAAACCGAGACACUCGAGACAACCGCGAUCAUCGGGAAAGCCGAGACAACCGGGAUAGUCACGAGCGGAAGGAAAUUGCCAAUGGCCGAGGAAAGGGCAAGCGGGCUAACUCUCCACGAAUGGUUGUUACGAUUGAGAACGGCUACGAUAGCCAGAAUCAACGACAAGAACAGAAGCCAAGAAACAACCGUCGAGAGCAAAGAGACCGUGGCAAUAGUGAUGUUGGCAACAACAAGAACGAGCGAUCAAGAAAGGACGUUCAAAAACAACGAGAGGAGAAACCUUCCAACAACCGCCAGCGCAAGAAUCGAGAGCCCAUGCCAAAACGAGAUAAUGAUGAUAGACAACAGCAGCGAUAG